AUGGCUUCUCAGGUCACCGAGGUCAACCAGACCAACACCGCCGGCAGCACGCCACCCCGCCGCAACUCGGACCCGGCGCUGGAGAUCAACAACCAACACCACCACCAACAUCUGCACCACAGUGCCCGCGUUGAUGCCAAGGGUCACGACGACAACGUGACCUACGCGCGGACUGGUGACUCGACUGUCCCUCACCAGAGUCAUCUCCAUCAACACGCCGACGCUCCCCAUGACAUUGAGAAGGGCGACAAGCUUAGCGGUCCUCCCGACUACGAUGGCGAGAAGACUGGCGUUGUGUCUUCCAAUGAGGCUGAAGAGAAGAAACCCUCCAAGCUGAAGACGCUCUACCGCCGUCACAAGUGGGUUGUACACGCAUUCUUCUUUUGCUUGUUCACCGGCUGGUGGAUCGCUUCGCUCGUGCUGCACCGCAACGACAAGAACUGGGUCGUUCCGUUCCUCGUCUGGCUCGGCAUCUGUCUUCGCCUCCUCUUCUUUUACGUCCCGAGCUCCUACGUCUCCCGGCCGAUCAAGUUUGUGUGGCAACACAGCGCUGUAUACAUCUAUAACUUCAUCCCCGCCAAGUUCCGUACCAUUGCCGGUGCUGCCUUGGCGCUCGCCGUCAUGAUCGUUGGUUCUUUUGUCUCAGAGGAGUCAGCCGACAACACCCGCGAGAACCGUGCUGUUUCCAUCUUCGGUCUUCUCGUCAUUCUGUUUGUCUUCUGGGCGACAUCCAGAGAUCGCAAGCGUGUCAACUGGCGUCCCGUUAUUGGCGGCAUGCUGUCGCAAUACAUCAUUGCACUCUUCGUCCUCCGUACUGGUGUCGGUUAUGACAUCUUCAAGUUCAUCGCAGAUCGCGCUGGUGACUUGCUCGGCUUCGCCAACCAGGGAACCGCUUUCCUGACAGCUGAGAGCGUCAUUGACCUUCACUGGUUCAUCUCCGGCGUCAUCCCCCCCAUCAUCUUUUUCGUAGCCAUUGUCCAGGUCUUGUACUUUAUUGGCUUCCUCCAGUGGUUCAUUGGAAAGUUCGCGACCUUUGUUUUCUGGGCGCUUGAGGUGUCUGGUGCCGAGGCUGUCGUAGCCGCUGCCACUCCUUUCAUCGGACAGGGCGAGUCUGCCAUGCUGGUUCGUCCUUUUGUUGCUCACAUGACCAAAGCCGAGAUUCACCAGAUUAUGACUUGCGGUUUCGCAACCAUUUCCGGAUCUGUUCUCGUCUCGUAUAUCAGCCUGGGUCUCAAUGCUCAGGCCAUGGUAUCGUCUUGCGUCAUGUCCAUCCCUGCUUCCAUCGCCAUCUCCAAGCUUCGCUACCCUGAGAGGGAAGAGACGUUGACCGCCGGAAAGGUCGUCAUCCCUGAUGACGACGAGCACGAGGCUAAGAACGCCAUCCACGCCUUCGCCAACGGUGCGUGGCUGGGUAUUAAGAUCGCCGGUACCAUUAUCGCGUCGAUUCUUUGCAUCCUGGCCUUUAUCGGUCUCGUUGAUGGUCUUCUGACUUGGUGGGGAGGCUACCUCAACAUCAACGACCCUGACCUGACCCUCAACCUCAUUGUUGGUUACCUCUUCUACCCGGUCGCCUUCCUUCUGGGUGUCCCCCGUAACGGAGACUUGCUCAAGGUCGCUCGUCUGAUCGCCCUGAAGGUCAUCGCUAAUGAGUACGUUGCUUUCUCUGCGAUGAAGGAACCCGAGUACCUCGAUCUCUCACCCCGUUCUCAGCUUAUCGCUACAUAUGCCCUCUGCGGAUUCGGCAACAUCGGCUCUCUGGGUAUCCAGAUUGGUAUCCUGGGUCAGCUGGCCCCCAGCCGUGGUGGUGAUGUCAGCUCGUUGGCUAUUUCCGCUCUGAUUUCUGGUGUCAUGUCCACCUUGACCUCAGCCGCCGUUGCUGGUCUUGUCGUCACUCAUCAGACGACUAAUCUGGCCAUUGCAGCUUGA